ACGAUGUGUGUAUGUGCGAUAUCACACAGUUUCAUAAUUCUGGAUAUCGUUCUCCGGUGUACUUUAUAUUUUUAUUCGCUCAUGGUUAUGGGCUAACUGACGGCGGUUAGGGAAAUAAGUGGCGCCACAUCACAUGGUAAAGAUCAACGCUACAAAACCUCGUAUUUGAUCACUUGAUAACAAUUGUUUGUUUGCUCUCUGCUUAAUUAUGGCUCAUACCCAUUAGGAUUGCCCAAGAUUCGGAUGGAAGUAUUAAAUGAAUACGAUUAGUAAUGCCAAGAAAACAACUGAAAUAAUGCCAUACGUUAGAGGCAAUUAACAACUAAAAUAAUUGCAUAUGUAGCAGCUGUGUUUCAGUACCCGUCAUGUUGUGAGCGCAAGAUUUAAGUAGCGUCAGCGCCAGUCUCCUGUGAGCAAAGACUGCCGUCACGGCUCCGAAACCGCGCGCCACGGACGCAUUAGAAAAUGGCGCCCGUUGCUACCACAGAGCGUACGUGCAACGUGAAGUUUCCCCGUAAGCAUGUCAUACUGUGCUGCCUAGGCUUGGACUCAUUUUCCAAAUGCACACAGUUUGUCAUUUGCGCGGCUGGCAUCAUGACCGUAUUCUUGGGUUACGGAUACACGCAGGAACUCAUGUUUCACGUCGAAGGAUUCAAGCCGUACGGCUUCUACCUGACGUUUGUCCAGUUCGUGCUGUACAGCAUCUUUUCGUUCGUCGAGCGGAAAAUACGGAAGGAGAGCGGCCGCACAGCGCCCCUACAAACUCACCUAUUACUAUCUGUGCUGACGGUGGGCACCAUCGGCCUCUCUAAUGCAGCCCUGGGUUAUCUAAACUACCCGACCCAGGUUCUAUUUAAGUGCUGCAAACUAAUCCCGGUGCUCCUGGGUGGCGUACUCAUCCAAGGAAAGCAGUACAAAAGUCUUGACCUGCUAGCUGCUUUGCUUAUGAGCAUUGGACUGGCUGCCUUUAUCCUGACUGAUAGCAAGGUAUCGCCGACAUUUUCACUUAUAGGAGUUGCAAUGAUAUCAACGGCUCUACUUUUUGAUGCGAUCAUCGGCAAUGUGCAAGAGAAAGCAAUGAGAACCCACGGCACCCCAAACUCUGAAAUUAUGAUUUUCUCGUACUCCAUCGGUUCUGUGACCCUGUUUUUCAUCUUGGCUGCAAUGCAGAAUUUGAUCCCAGCUGUCAAGUUUUGGGCUCGGAAUCCGGUGGAGACUUAUGGCUAUGCCGCCAUAUUUUCACUCCUGGGCUAUUUUGGUGUCCAGUUGGUUCUCACACUCAUCAGCAUAUCCGAUGCCUUUAUCACCGUGGUUGUUACAACUUGCCGCAAGGCCAUAUCCAUCAUUCUCUCAUUCAUGCUGUUUGCCAAGCCAUUCUCAUUCCAGUACGUCUGGUCAGGUGCACUCGUGCUUUUGGGAGUGUACCUUCAUGCCUACAGCAAAAAGCUUGCAAAGCAGCCACUACUUCCCGUCGUCAACCGGGAGAGACAAUCUUCAUGACCGUGAUUGCAGUAGCUGAUAAUCAAAAUAUCUAGUCGAAGUAGUGCAAGAAACUGUUUUACUAAUGGUGCGUGAGCCAUUUACACAUGGACUGGUGUUUUACACUACAAUGCCGUGAUCUGUGCAAGAGCUCAAAUGUUAAGCAAAUGCUUUUAUUUACUGCAUGUCAUUCUUUUGUCCCUCUACAUGCUUUCACUGUCUGCUAGUGCUUAGCUUAACGAAAGGUAUGAUUUGAAUAGGA